AUGGCUAGUUUCCAAGACCCAUCUAUAAUAUCUAUGGUUUCAGCGCCUAGUCAAGGAAAUUCUGAUACUUCAAGUAUUGUUACAGAGAAUAGAAAUGAUAUAAAUAGUUUCCUGCGAGAAGCUGAAUCCAAAAGAGCUGAAGAGGAAGAUUCUAAGAAGGGUUCAAUUGGUGGUGGAUCAUCAGUUUUAGAAAAUAAUGAAGUUGCUAUUGAAGGUGAUAAAGAAUUAGAAUUGGAAGAAGAUGAAGAAACUAAAGAAUUAAGAAAACAACAAGAAUUAGAAAAUUGGAAGUUGGAUUUAGGUCCUUAUAAUGAUGAAACAAGACUUAGAUAUAGUGCUGAUUUUCUUUAUAAUUUAAAAGAUUCAGAAGAUAAUUUUGUUCCACCUGGUUUACCACCAAAAUCUUAUUAUAGACUGAAGAAUAAACAACCAAUUAGAACAAAUUGGAUUGGUAAUAAUCAAAAUAAUAAUAAUCAAAACAAUGGUAGAAAUAAUUAUAAUGAAGGUGGUUCAUCAACUGGUUCUAUGGGUAAUUUUAAUUUAAAUAGAAGAACUCAUGAUCGUGGUUUCAAUAGACAUGGUAAUAAUAACAGUCAUAAUAACCAUAGAAGAAAUAAUAAUAAUAGAGAAAAUCGUCAUAAUAAAAAAUUCUCUGGUGAAGAUGAAGAUAGUUGGCUUGCUGAUCUUGAUAAAGAUGCUCCAUUAUCUGCUGAUGGAUUUGAAGCUUAUAGAGCUAAAGUUAAAUUAGAAGAACGUAAAAGAAAUGGUGAAUUGGUUGAAGAAGAUACUAAUCAAUUUCAACAAACAUCAGAAUCAAAAAAUACAAUUGAUAGUCAUUUCAGAGCUGUUAAACCAAGCUUAACUAGUAACCCAAGUGGUGGUGCAACUGUUGGUUCAUCAUCAGAUUCAGGAAGAAAAUCUAAAUUUUUAGGUAUUUUCAGUCAAGGUUCUAAUCAACAACCAUCAGAUUCUAAUAUUCCAUCAUCUAAACCAAGUAAUGAUGGUGUUUCCAAGAUUUUAUCAUUAUUAGAUAGUGGUGAAAAAAAUGCUCAAGUUGGUUCAAAUAAUACAACACCUCAAAUUUCUCAAGCUUCAAUUUCAACACCAAAAGAACAACAUUCAGGUUUUAAUUCCCAAAGAAGUCAAUUUUUUGGUCAAGAUAAUAAAACAAAUACAUCUACUGGAUCAACUCCAAUUUUACCACCUGGAUUAACUCCACCAUCAGGUUCUCAAGUUCCACCAAAUUUACCAACUGGUGGUUCAAAAGAUUCAUUUUUCAUGUCAUUAAUGAAUAAAGGUCCAGAAGCUGGUAAACCAGAUUCAAAUCAAACUCAAAGUCCAAUUGCUUCUACUCAAAGUCCUGCAUUAUCAAAAGUUGAAGGUUCAAGAAUUUUACCACCAGGUUUACAAGGUCCACCAGGUUUAACUCAACAAACACCACCACCAUCUCAAGCUCAACAAGCCCAAUCACAACAACAACAACAGCAACAGCAAUCUCAACAACAACAACAGCAGCAACAACCUAAUCAAAAACAACAACCUCAACCACCACAUCCACAACAAUCAUCUCAACAACCUCAAAAUCCUGGAUUCCCACCAGGAUUUCCUCCACAAUUUCAAAAUCCUCAAAAUAGACCACCUCAAGGUCCAAUUCCACAAGGUCAAUUUGUUAAUCCACCACCAGGUUUUAAUCCUCAACAUCCACCACCAUGGAUUUCUCAACAAUUCCCACCUAAUUUACCACAAGGAAGAUUUAUUCCACCUCCUUUACCAAAUGGUGUUGGAUUCCCACCACAAUUUAGACCUCAAGGUGGUCCACCAGGUCCACAAGGUGAACCAAGAUUUAUUUUACCACAAGAAUUUCAAGGUAAUCCAAAUGGUCCACCUGUUUUCUUACCUCCAUUUGGUGGUCCAGGUGGUCCAGGUGGUCCUGGAUCAAAUCCAGAUGGUUCACAACGUGAAAGAUUCCCACCAGGAUUUUUCAAUGGUCCACCACCAGGUUUCCCAAAUGGUAAUCCACCUCCAAAUCAAUAA